UAAAAUAGAUGUUUUACACUUUCUGGGCCACAUAUGUAGAACCGCGGUCCAGCGUACAAGAAUUAAAAUCCAUUUUUCUCGUGUCCGGGAGGUAGGAGUGGAAUUUUGAGAUGCACCCCUAUCUAAACUUUUUCCCUAUCUCGACUAUUGAGGAAUCAGUGUAUUGGUAUCGGUUUCCGUCGCGCUAGGGUUUUGUCUCUCUGUCCUUUUGUCCUGCGAAAACACGAACCCUAACCCUAGAAAACGCUAUCCCGUAGAGCCCCAGAAUGGCGGAAUCAGACCACACAAGAUCUCCUCCGGCUAUCGAACAAAACUUGGCUGGCCAAAAAUCGACUGAAAAUGCUAUUUCUGAUGACCUCAAUGGACAUUCCGGCGAAGAAAACCGGGAAGUCUUGCCUGAAACAGUGAGCGAUUCCUUAAUGAACGAUUUGGAUCCAGUCGAGAAGGUCGAUGGAGAGGACUCUCGGGUUUUGUCUGAGGUAGAUGAAGACGAAGCCAUGACUGGUGGAUUGAUUGGGGGCAACAAGUGUUUGGAUGUUGAAUCUCGGUUUAAUGAGGAGGGUUCUACCGUGAAGGAUUCUUUGGAUGGAGAUGAAAAUGUUAAGUUACCUGAUGAGGUUCUUGAUGAGAAGGAUGGCUUAGUGACAGAAGAUGAUAGCUUGGAACACGAAAACAUGGCAAAUGAAGUUGAGAGAGAGAUCGAAAAUGGCAACAAAAUCAACGAGGAGAUGGAUACCUUUAACAAUAAGGAACCUGGGAAGGAAGAUGGCAGUAUGGGUAUGGGGGUUGAUAAGCAAAAUGAUAAGGCGUUUGGUAUAGGGAAUGGACUCAAUGAAAGAGAGAUCGAAAAUGAAGGUGAUAAGGAUAUUAAUGAAGAAAAUGGUGAAGGGGAUGAUGUGGGCCUUGGUGUUAAAGAAGCACCAGAGAAGGGAGAUGACGAGAAGGAGAUUGGUAAAGAAACUGAUGAAAAUUUGAACGAAGAAAGUGAUAAUAGAGGUGUUGUCAAAGAAGAUGGAGCAAGAACUGAAGAGGAGGAGCAAUUUCCUGAAGUUAAAACAGUGGAGAUUCUUUCCCAUUGGCUCCCAAAGCCUUGUGUUCGUGUGACCAUUACUGGUGGGUCUGCUACUGAAGAGGAGUUGUUACCACUUUUUACUGAACAUGGAAAAGUCUCAAGCAUUGCAUUUGAAAACGAAAAAAGAGAUGCCACAGUUGUCCGAUUUGAUUCUGCACCUGGAGAUAACCAGCUAGCUGCUACUGUCCAAGAAAAACUCCAUAAUACACAACUUGGUGUACGGACAUUGCUUGUUGAGGCAUUUCGUGCUGACUCAUUGUUAUUUGUUGGAAAUCUCACCCCUGAUAUUGAUGACUCAUCAUUGAGGACAAUGUUUGAACCACAUGGAAAGGUCGAACGAGCAUUUGUUCUACGCAAUGCUGCAGGUCAGAGUAAAGGAUACGGAUUUAUUGAAUAUAGCCUGAAAUCCCAGGCAAUUGCUGCAAAGACAACAAUGGGCGUGGUGAACAUGGAUGGGCGGGUUUUACGUGUUGAGUGGUCAGAUUGCAAAAAUAUUGAGGAUAUGUUCUCGACUGUGCUGUUUGUGGAUCGCAUAUCAAAGCAUAUGCCUAAUCCUGAAUUAGCUUUGAGAUCACUCUUUGGACAGUAUGGGAAAGUUAAAGACUGUUUCUUACCCAUUGGUAUCAAUGGGAAUAUCCGUGGAUUUGGCUUCAUUGACUUCUUUCACUCUGCUUGUGCUGACAAGGCGCAUAUUGCAUUGGAUGGUCAUGAGUUGGGAGGGCUCAAUAUACGAGUUAGCUUUGCAAAUCCAUCUAAGUCAGCUCAGUCAUACAAGCAACGCCUUGGAAAUCAAGGUCCUGCUCAAGCAUUUGGUGGUAUGGGUAGAGGAGCCAUUCCAGGUAUGACUGCUGCUUCAAGAGGAAAUGGAUACAUGCCUUUCAUGGCAAAUCAGUUUGUUGGAGCUGUUGCUAGAUCCAGUGUUCUAGGAGUGGGCGCUGGAAUGGCAUAUAAUCGUGGAACUCCUAUGGGUCCUAGAAUCCUUGAGCAGAAUGUUAUGGAUAGAGGAAAUGGCAUUCUUUCUGCAGGUGCACCUAUGGCGGGGGUGAUGGGGCGACCCCCCUUUAUGGGUAAUAUAUCACAAAGGCAAGGAAUGUCCGGUCUUGGAAAUUUGGCAUCUGCCCAACAUUUUAUAAAUCAAGGUACUUAUCCUUCCAACUUAGCUGCUGCUGCCCAGAUGGCACUUCUACAAGGCAAAGUGUAUCAAGACAGUGGCAAAUUUAGAGCUCAGGAUCUCUACAAGCAAGUACCUCAGCAGGCCAAGCAAGGCCAUUCACAAUAUCCUUAUCAACCACAUCAGCACCAAACUCAACAAUCUUAUCAGCAGCAUGCACUGCCACAGCCUCACCAUUCAACCCAGGAGCUGUCCUAUGCUCAAUCUCAACAAUAUCUGCUAGCUGCUCAACAAGCCCAAUAUCAGGUUCAACAGCAACAUUCUCAGAAUUAUACACAGCAAACAGAAAUCCAUACUCAGCCACCACAACAAACCCAGCAUUAUCCUCAAGGCACAAGUUAUUACAACCAACAAAAUUCUGUGCAAGCUCAGGUUAAUUCAUAUGGCACUAGUCAGCAGCAAUACCAACAGGCAUAUGGACAGGCACCCGUGAACCAAUAUGAUCAAUAUGCACAGCAGCCGAGCCAUGAUCAUUUUCCUCAGACUACGGUAGCUACCACCACAAACCAGGCAGUUAGUUACCCUGCCCAGUUUCAAGAUGGUGCUCAGCAACAAGCCUAUGCUUCAUACCAUGGGCUGCAGCAGCAAGCUGGUCUGCUUGCAACACCUACCAGUGGGGCCCAACAGACUCAGAGCACCGAUGCCCAGUAUGCCGCAUAUUAUGCAGCCCAAGCCUUGUACUUGCAACAAACUCAUGACAGAUGUAGUGUGGAUAAAAACGGCAGGAAGUUGCUGAGGAAUUUGUACAAAAGAUUAGAUAUCCAAAAUCUCUUCCACAUUGGUUGGUCUGAAAAUGUUCAUAUCUGUCCUGGAUGCUCCUUUAGCCAGGAUGUCAGACCUGACAUGUUGUGUUGCAGUCCCCUUCUUUAGCCAAUUGAUUCUUGUCCCUUGAAACCAGAAGACUUGCCCUUGUUUUAGGAUAGCCUGUAGCUCUGAUUUCAUUACCCCUCUUCCUGUUUGCUCAUCCUCAUUAAGGGCUUGGUUUUCUUCCUUGAGGUCAAGGUUGGAGAUUUCGGCUAGAAGCGCCUUGCUUUUUUGGGGACAGAUGAUUCUCAUGGUUCCAAAGCUUCAGACCUUUGAGUUUCAUGCCUAUUCUUGCAGACAGCCUAACCUUGAGUGUUGAAGUCCCCCAUUGGGAACUUAAUCGAAAGAGUUAUUCUUCAAGCCACAUGACGUCGAACUUAAACAGUCUGGGUCCGGCUGAUGGGGGUUAAGUAUCGAGGAAGAUUGGGGUGUGGGAAGGAGCUUUUGGGGGUGUACAUGCACGUGAGUGGGUACUUUGGAACUUCUCCCAGAUGGGGGAGAUUAGGAAUCUAUCGAUUCUUGUGAGGAUAAGGUUUGCCAAAUGGAUGGACCAAGGAUGCUUUGUUCCAGAUAUAUUAUUUUGGUUGUUUUUGAAAAGUCAACAGAACUUGGCUGGGCUGGCUAUUGAUUCUCCUUCUCCUAUGCUUCUCGUAGGAGCACCUGGUGGCAUUGAAGUCACUUAGAUGCGCCAUGGAAGUGAACAUCAGAUUAGGGUGUCUUCUAGUUCCUCGUUAAACCACUUUAAAAGAUAUGGUGAACCAUUGAUGUAAAUUUCCACUGGAAGUUGUCAAAGUUCUUGCAAACUUGAUGUAGAUGGAAUAUUGACCAAUGAAGGACAAGAUUUUGGUGAACCCCAGAUGUCCCAUGCAAGGAUCAUUUUGGAGUGGUUAGGGGGGUUUGCUGGUACCUGGAGGACCGUCUUUGGUGUCAGUGCUAUACCUUCUAUGGUGCUUAGAUCUGUUGACUGGGGAUCUUGGUCAAGUGAGUCGUCGUAGUUGACCUUAAGAGUUGAGGUUCUUCUCUGUGGCCUUUGGAACCGGAUUUGGGAGGUUUGGUGGCAGUUCUAAAGGUUUCGGCGAUGUCGUCAAUGGGACCAUCCUGGGUGAAAGCCAUGAUUCUAAGCAUUUCAUCAAUGUUGCCCUCCACCUUAUGUAUUUGCUCUUCUUCUUUGAAAUCCACUGAAAAGUAUUUGUUAUCAGAAUCUGUUGGGUUUUCAGUGAUGGUUUCAAGCUUGACUGGGAAGCCAGCGUUGGCAAUUAAGAGGUCCAUUGAAGACAAGGCUGGGGUGCGAGGGAUUUGUUGGGGUGGGGUUGAAAAUGUAUCUCGCAACUUGGGGGGAGUGUUCUUUACGACCAAUGUUUGUUCAUUUCUCUCUUAACAAUUUGCCAAUACCUUUUGGUUUCUUAUUUGUUUAGUAUUAUUAUUCAGUACUAAUUUGGCUACCCAUAUUCUUAAUGACCUGCCUAAAUUAGUGGAAAACAGUGGAUGACUAAUCAAGAGCUCUUGUGGCUACUAAUGAUACCCAUGUUUUGGCUGGCGGAAUGGAAAACAUGUGCAUUACUGAAAAGAUUGUUGUUGGCCAAACUAGUCCCCUAUUAAUUUCUUGAUAAAGUGACCGGUUCCUUUUUAUUAUUAUCAAUACUAUUGUGUAGUUGUUGUGAUAAUUGAUUUUUUUAUCACUGUGGAACU